AUGUAUCACGUUAGGAAAGAGAGACUGUAUUUUUACUGUACAGUUUUAUCAAACAGUCUGCAACAAGGAACCUUCUCACCCAAGCCAUCAUACUCUGUGAUUGCAAUUGGAAUCAGACAGGCUGGCAAGUCAAUGCUGUUUGCAAAGCUGAGUGGGACAAUUCUGAAAAAACUUGAGCCCACUGUUGGUAAGCUCUUUUUGCGAGUGUCUAUGUUUGAAUAUACUUUUCAGAUUUAUCACUUUGAGUUGACAUUUGCUAAAUGUCGGAAAAAGUUUAUUUAUAGUGAUGUUGGUGAACACAUGAUAACCAUUUUACCCUCAGAAUCAGAGAAAAGAUUCUCCCAGUUUGUUUAGUGACACUGCUUCAUGGGCUAGUAGGAAGAAUUUGGUUGUAUAUCAAGGCAGUAUCCCUUACUUCUGAGUAGAAGAUAUUUACAAACCACCCUUGUUAACUUUUUGAUUCAAUUCAGGAAAUUACCUUGUACAAAAAUGAUUGGCAUACGCUCAGCGGUACUCUAAAUCAGUAAUGUAUUUCUGAAAUGGCUACGAUAGGUUUCUCUGUGAAAGCUGUUCAGCUACCCAGUGCUAUUCUAAAUGUUAAAGAACUUGGAGGUAAGUAUAUGACAGCAAAGUUACUUGUAAUAACAACGAUCAUAACUCUUAAUAGAUCACAACUUUCAAAGAAAUCCAAAGAGGCUGGAGUUAAAGGGAGCGAGUUUUCAAGUGUACAAUUAUAAAGAAACUGAAAUCAGGGCAUUUCUUGCACAAAUUUAGAAUACUUUGACCAAAGGAGUUGACUUACCGAAAAACCAAUUAGCAGCGUGCAUCUUUUUAGUUAUUGAAUUUCAGAUGAUCGUCAUUUUAGUUAUGGUACUGAUGGUAGAAUUUUUCUGAAUGAAUGAAAUUAUUUGUUCAUGAAUUUAUCUCACUUUGCAUAAUACGUGGAGACAAAAAAUCAGAAAAUACUGCCACACUACUUUGGAGGAGCUCAGUGGAAAUUGAGAAAAAAACCUAAGCUUAUUUUAGAGCUAAGCCAAUGAGGAAUUCAGUUUCUGUGCUUACAUAGUCUCAUCUGAACACAAGGGGGGCUGGGAAAAUUUGUGAAAGUUUUGCAAACUUUCACGAAUUUUCCCAACCCUGCAAGUCUGUAGAUAAGGCCUUGUAAACAUGAAAAACAUCCUCUUUUGCUUUUAUAAAAUAUUUCUCAGAAGUGGUGUUACAAUGGUGUUUACAUACUUUGAGAGCGUGCGACCCUGGUGAAAAUCUUUGAAGCAUCCUCAUGAGGUUGUUGUCAAAGAUAGGGGUUUGUAAAUGUGUUGAUCAGUUUUGAUGAAUUAGUAUCAGGAAAAUCUGUUGCACAAUUCUGUCUCUAUUGAUACUCGUGAUCAAUAAAUCAGACUCCUGAUUUAUUUUUGUUAUAUAUUUUAACCACACCUACGACUACAGACUAAUUAAACGCUACUUAUUAGAAGGCCUUGUACCAAUCUAUAUCUUUUAAUAUUACAUUUAUGUAAUCACAUAAAACAGCCUAUGUAGAACUGGAUACACCCUGCACAAACAUUUCUCCAAAUAAAUAAGUCCAGAAAUGGAUGUAGUAACGGAAAAUUGUCAAAAUUGUCAAAUCCCCCAAGCUGAUUUCGCUGGAUAAAUUUGACUAAAACUCGUCAAAAUUUUCAAUUCCGCUAAGCUGAUUUUGCUUUGACGAAUUUGACUAAAAUUUUCGAAAAUCGUCGAAUUCAUGAACAUUCACUUGGUUUGACGAAAUCUAAUUAAAUCUGCCAUUUUCAUUUCUGCAUACGUUUCUGGACAUAACAGCUGGGUAGGAAGUGUGCCUUGCUCCUUCCCGUUCCUGAGAGGAUCAAAGUAAGCCACACAUGAGAAAAUGGUGGAAAACAAACCUGUUGAUACAGAUAUAACUAAAUAAUGUUUGAAGGAACAAAGUAAUCCUUUAUUUGAAAAGUCUGUUUAUAACAAACAAUGGAAGAUGUUUAUUUUGGAUAGGAGGAUCCUGGAAUUUUUAAAAUAAGGAUUAUUGAGUGAAUAUUAAAAUCCGAUUCAACAACCAAUAAUUUGCAGGUGUUUGUAGUGGACAGCUGUUGCAAUGAUGGUAAUGUGGAUUUAGCGGCAGCUGAAUUACAAGAAGUCCUGUCCUACUCCUCCCUGGAAUCCCUUCCUCUGCCGGUCUUAGCCAACAAACAAGAUGUUAAUGGAGCCCGCAGUGCAGACGAGCUUAGCGGUGCAGGAUUAGAGAUGGUUUUAUUUCGGUUCGUUUUUAUGGUAAACGAUGUAUAUCACAGUAAUCCACUACAUUCUUGACAAGUGGAGUCUUUUGCAGGUUAUUUUGAAUAAUUUUAUUGUUAAAAAAACAGAUGUCUUCUGACUCAACUAUUUGGUGAUUGGUAAAUGGCUGGUUGUCCACCUAACUAUGACCCUCUGUCAAAGGCAAUAACUGUUGCAAGAGAGACUGACAAGUCAAUAAAAAUUUCAAAGAAAUGUAACAUAGGGGGCUUUUUUUUCUCAACUGAACUUGGGAAACUUUCUGACCUACGCUGUAAGUGCCAAUCAAGCCCACAAGUGUUCUUAUCUUCAUUGUUUCAUAAUGUUUAUCUCAUUAAUUAAGAAUGAUUCGAGAAAAUGGGCGCGAUUACCUUUGAAUUUAACAACCCGAUGUCCUAUUACUAGUUGUUCGUGUCAAAUAACAAAGAGCAAGAAACUUUAAAGCUCUAUACAAAAUUACAGCUAACUAGUAAAAGCUGGGGACUAUUCCAGGAGUCUUUACGUUUAUACAGGAAGAAUUUGACAGAGUAUUAUAUAAUAAGCUGAAUUAAGCGCGUAUCUCGAUUAGUUCUUACUGAUGGUCUAUUGGAGGACAGACGCUUAUUUAACAUCACCAUUAACUAUUUUUUGCUUUGCUAUCAUACAAAAAAAGAUUUCAUGAUGCCGUGGGUCUGCACAGCAAUAGAUCACAGGAGAGGUCAAAAUAUGGCAAGAACAUCACUAUCAGCUGCGCCUCUUGUGCCACUUUUUUGUUCUUACCACAAUUUGGCGUCAUCUGUGAUCUAUUGCUGAACAGACCCACGGCAUUUGUUAAUUGAUUUGUGAAACGGCGUCCAAAUCUUAUGCGCAUGUUUGAUUUUUUAUCUGCGUAUUCGAUUUUCUUUUUUUAACCCACAGCUGUCGAGGAUGAUGGGGUUGGAUGCGAUUGCUCGUAAGAGAAAUUGGCACAUACAAGCGUGCUCUAAAGACGACACGGAAAGUGCCAAACAAGGACUUAGUAAAUUAGUGUCAUUUAUCAAUCCCGACACGGAAACAUCAGAACAAAAUAGAUUAUGA